AUGAACUUUCCGGAGAAGUGCAGUGCCCCUUACGUUCCAAGAUAUGCAUCCAUUCAAGGCCUGCAACUGAAUUAUGACUAUGGUGACAGCAUUACCGUGACAUGUGACAAUAGCAGUGAUCGGUUUAACCUUCAGUGUGACACGAAAGGUCGAUGGAACGGACAUGUAGUGUCAUGUCCUGUACCUACCCCAGCCCCUACACGAUGCACUAGUCCAUAUAUCCCAAAGUAUGCAUCAGCUGAAAACAUACGUUUAGUCUACAGCAUCGGUGAGAGUGUAACAAUCACCUGUGACGGCAGAACAGACGGGUCGUAUACCCUUAGGUGCAACUCAGAUGGGUUUUGGACGGGUAGUGUACUUUCUUGCACACAGCCGAUAGAAGUUCCGGAGAAGUGCAGCGCCCCUUACGUUCCGAGAUAUGCAACCAUUCAACACUUGCAACUGAAUUAUGACUAUGGUGACAGUAUUUCUGUGACAUGUGAUAAUAGCAGUGAUCGGUUUACCCUUUGGUGUGACACGAAAGCCCAAUGGAGUGGCCAGGAAGUUUCUUGCCCCGUACCUACCCCAGCUCCAUCUCAAUGCAGUGCUCCUGUUAUUCCAAGACAUUCUACCAUUGCAUUCUACCGAAUAACCUACAACUCAAGUGAUGACGUGAUUGUAACUUGUGAUGCAAGCAACGAUCGUUUUACCCUUCACUGUAACAACAGUGGAAUGUGGAGUGGACCGGAAAUGUCUUGCCGAGAACCAGCCAAACCUCCAACACUGUGCAGUGCACCUUAUAUUCCGAGAUAUUCUUCGAUUGAAAGUCAUCAUUUGAACUACAAUUACGAUGACACAGUGACAGUGACAUGUGACACAAACAAUGAUCAAUUUAUCUUGCGGUGUCAGGCAAGUGGAUUAUGGGAUGGCCCUGAUAUAUCUUGUGCAGCACCGACAUUGCCAGCUUCAUUUCCUCCAUCACAUGCCUCCUGCAGUGCACCAGCAGUGCCUAUUGAUUCAACCAUUCAGAAUCUUCGUCUCUCAUACAAAGACGGUGACAGGAUGAACGUGACAUGUAACGUGGGUUCUGAUUGGUUCGACGUGUCAUGUGACGAUGGAAUAUGGAUAGGCCAAAACAUAGUUUGCCCUGACCCUCCCAAAGAAUGCAAUCCACCAAUCAUCCCCGUCGUCUCAUUCAUUGGAAAUGUUAAGCCUCGCUACAAGAUCGGUGACCAAGUUAACAUCACAUGUAACGAUGACUCUGAUUGGUUCGCUUGGGAGUGUCACACAGAUGGCUUGUGGCGUGGGAAUUCUGUCCAGUGCUCUACUGAUUGUCCACAGCCCGGAGAAAGAAAACCUGCAUUCCCAGAGCGCAUUGCAUAUUCUAGUAGUGAGCAAAAGGGAAGGGAUUACUUUAUCACCGGUCUUCUGGUUACAGCUGUCAUCUUAUUCAUCCUUGUUCUGAUGUGUAUGGCGGCGUUUGUUAUCUUCGUGAGAAAUCGUGGCUAUGAUUUAGCAACAUCAUCGAAAGACACUCUUCAAGAUGAGAAGGGAUCCAGAGGCCCUCUUCCGGACGUUCCUGACGGUUAUGCCAAGUACAUUGGAGGUGACCAGUCACUCUAUGUCGAACCAUACCUCAAACAAAAUGGAGAUCCCAUUCGGAGCUAUGAAGUCUACGAAAAACCAACUUGAAUAAAUUACUACCAGUUUUAGAUUCGAUGAGCACUUCAUAUAGGAAAACUCGACUCUUGUUUAUUAGCCUUUUUAUAUAAAUAUGCUGUUAUAUUUUGUGUUGUUGUUUUAUUCUCAUAAAUUUUGAUUAAUCUUUCCUUCAAAUGUUAGAAGUUAUUUAACGCAGUCAUUCCCUGUUUCUUGAUAAUUUACACGAAUAUUCACUAUAUGAAAAUGACAUACCAUUAAUAUCCCUCUUCUUUCUCAUAAUGCAUUAAUUGUUGUCUUGGAAUCCACUGAAUCCACUAAAUAUCAUUGUAUUGUGAUAACGAAUUCACGUUUCUGUGAAUUUUUUGCAUACUUUUUCAAGUAAAAAUAUGAAAAUACCACUAUCUCUUGAAUAUCCUAUGUUUAUUAUUGAAAUAAGUUUAAGACGAGGUUAAACCAGUUUUGCUUUAAGUACAUUGUAGGAGAGGUGUACAUUAAGAUGAAACACGCAUUUAUUAGUUUUAUCUGAAUUUAAAUCUAAAUUUAAAACAAAAACACAUCCGUUAUAAUAACAGUACAUAUGAACAAUCAUACAAUGCAAAGAAUAAUACUGAUGAAUGUCUACAUAACAGAAAAGUAAUGUUGAUUAAACAGUAAUGGUUUUAAAUACGAUUUUAGGCAUAUAUCUGCAUACUAUUACAUACACAAAAUAUAUACACGUAAAUAUGUGUAUUACUAAUAUUCAGAUGAAGUUGGUAAUGGGAACUAUAUGUUGGCACAGGUGCUGCUCGAGCCCAGUUCCAAACUUUGGGAAGAUUUCUUUUUUAAAUGUGUUUGUACAUAUGAAUUUAAAUCUUGUUUGUGUUUUAUUUACAUAGAUAGACAAAUAAUAAUAGAGCAUCAUGUAACCUGUUUACUUUUCUAAAAGAAAAGAAAGAAAAACGCACAAAUUUAAGAGCUAAAGCAUUAUAAUGAAAGAUAACAAAUGUUUGAACAAAU